AUUCGAAUUGCGGCACUCAAUGCGAGCUCCACGAUUGAGGAUGACUACGAAGGUACUUUCAAAAGUCAUAAGACACAGACAAAGGAAGCUCAAGAAGCAGAAGCUUUUGCUUUGUACCACAAAGCUUUGGACCUUCAGAAACAUGACCGAUUUGAAGAGUCUGCUAAAGCUUAUCAUGAGCUGCUUGAGAUUCGUCUUCUGCGAGAGGCAGUUCUUUCUGGUGAUGAGAAAGAAGGGCUGAAACAUCCAGGCUUGAUGUUAAAAUAUUCCACCUAUAAAAACCUAGCACAACUAGCAGCACAACGGGAUGACUUAGAGACAGCCAUGGAGUUUUAUUUGGAGGCUGUAAUGUUGGAUUCCACUGAUGUCAACCUGUGGUAUAAAAUUGGUCGUGUGGCAAUAAAGCUAAUCCGCCUGCCUUUGGCUCGUCAUGCUUUUGAAGAAGGUCUCAGGUGUAAUCCUGAUCACUGGCCUUGUUUAGACAAUCUUAUCACAAUCUUGUACACACUCAGUGACUACACAACGUGUUUGUACUUUAUCUGCAAAGCUCUGGAAAAAGACUGUCUAUAUAGCAAAGGAUUAGUUCUGAAGGAGAAGAUCUUUGAGGAGCAGCCUUGCCUCCGGAAAGAUUCCUUAAGGAUGUUCCUCAAAUGUGACAUGUCUAUCCAUAACGUAAAUGUGGGUGCAGCUGAAACAGGAAGAAUCGUAGAUGAAGCACUGGAGCUCCGCAAGAAAAGACAAGCUUUGCUAGUGCGCGACCGAGAACCCGACCUCAGACUGGUCCAGCCAAUUCCCUUUUUCACGUGGAAGUGUUUAGGAGAAGCUUUACUUGCCAUGUAUCACCACCUCACGACAUGUGAUCCUCCUCGACCCAGUCUGGGAAAGAGAAUUGAUCUCUCGGAGUACCGAGACCCAGUUCAACAUUUGGUUCUUUCCCCUACCUCUACUCCUGUCAGUGUUAUUCAGCCAACUCCUGUCAGCACCAAUCCGGUGGUGACAACACCCGAUCCUGUAUUACCUUAUACUCCAACGACACCCAACUUUCCAAGUCACAGUCAGAAUUCACUGGAGCCAGGAGCUGCUGUAGGUGAGCAAGGUGACAUAUCUGUAGGUGAUAAAUCUAAGAAAGGGGUGAAGCGAAGGAGAAUUACAGAAGAUAGUGGUGAAACAGCAAAAAGGAGAUCUGCUAGAGUCCGGAACACCAAGUGUAAAAAAGAGGAGAAGGUUGACUUUCAAGAGCUGUUGGUGAAAUUCCUUCCUUCCAGAUUAAGGAAAUUAGAUCCAGAGGAGGAGGAGGACCCUUUAAAUAACUAUGAGGUACAAUCAGAGAUUAAAGAAGAGAAUUUCCAGCAUGUUGGACCACAUCGAAUGUCUUUUGAUUCUACAACAUUUAUGGAAUCUGAAAAACAGGAUGUUCAUGAAUUCUUGCUGGAUAACCUGAACAAUGGUGGGAUCUUGGAGCUGAUGAUGAGGUAUCUAAAAGUCAUCAGCCAAAAGUUCCUAGUGAAGUGGCCUCCUGGCUUGUGUGAGGUGGUCCUUAGUAUCUAUAAUAGCUGGAGAAAGCAUAGUGGUAGUCUUCCUAAUCCAUUACUGAGGGACUCAAGUAAUCAGCAUAUCAAGGAUAUGAUGUUGAUGAGCCUUUCUUGCAUGGAACUGCAAUUAGAUCAGUGGCUGUUGACGAAAGGGAAGAGCUCUACAGUUUCUCCACGAAAUUGCCCUGCUGCCUCUGUGAAUGGAAGGUUUGGUCCUGACUUCCCAGGAACUCAUUUCUUGGGAGACCUGUUGCAGCUGUCGUUUGCGUCCUCACAGCGAGAUUUAUUUGAGGAAGGCUGGAUGGAGUUUGUCACUCGGGUGUAUUGGCUGAAAGCUCGCUUUCUGGCACUGCAGGGAGACAUGGAACAGGCACUUGAAAACUAUGAUAUCUGCACUGAAAUGCUACAGAACUCCACUACAAUGCAGGCUGAAGCUGGCAAUGAAGGCAGCAUCGUAAUACGGUUGCCUAAUCUGCAUGUUGAUUCCGUUGUUUCUUUGGAAGAGAUUGAAAAGAACCUAAAAUCUCUGGAGAGAUGCCAGUCUUUGGAAGAGAUCCAGCGACUGUAUGAGGCGGGGGAUUAUAACGCAGUGGUGCAUCUGCUUCAUCCAACAUUGUGCUUUAAUGGUUAUGGCAGAGCAAAACAUCUGGAAUUUGUAACAUCCAUACCAGAGAGACCAGCACAGCUGCUUCUCCUACAGGACUCCCUGCUCAAACUGAAAGAUUACAAGCAAUGCUUUGAAUGCUCAGAAGUUGCUGUGAAUGAAGCAAUUCAGCAGAUGAUUAAUAUGGCAGCAGCCUCUGCUAAAGAAGAGUGGGUUGCUACGGUAACACAACUGCUCAUGGGAAUAGAUACUUCAUUAUCAUCAGUCAGCAGCAUCCUGGAUGACUCUUCUGUAACACCAAGCCUUGUUCGAUUAACAAACAACCUGAUUCAGAUCAUAGACUGCAGCAUGGCGGUCCAGGAGGAACCAAAAGAACCGUAUGUCUCCUCAGUGCUUCCAUGGAUUAUCCUGCAUAGAAUCAUCCAGCAUGAGGAAGAUGCUUUUCGAUCCCUUUGCUGCCAGCAGCAGCAGAACCAGGGAGAAGAGGUGAGUCCUGAUACCCCAAUGUUGCCUUCUUCACUCAUGCUGCUGAACACUGCUCAUGAGUAUUUGGGAAGAAGAUCCUGGUGUUGCAAUUCAGAUGGCGCUCUUCUCAAGUUCUAUGUUCAGGUACUACAAAAAGAACUUGCAGCAUCCACUUCUGAAGAUACUCAUCCAUACAAAGAAGAGCUGGAAACAGCCUUGGAGCAGUGUUUUUAUUGUUUAUAUGGUUUCCCUAGUAAAAAAAGCAAAGCAAGGUACCUAGAAGAACAUUCAGUACAGCAGGUUGAUCUAACAUGGGAAGAUGCUUUGUUCAUGUUUGAGUAUUUUAAGCCUAAAACUCUUCCAGAAUUUGAUAGUUAUAAAACCAGUACUGUGUCUGCCGAUUUGGCCAACCUUUUGAAGAAGACUGCUACAAUUGUUCCUCGAACGGACAAGCCUAUGCUGAGCCUAGAUACUGUAUCUGCCUAUAUUGAAGGAACAUGCAGCAAGGCACCAUCUCUCCCAGAUGGCGCAGAUUAUUCUCCACCAGUGGUGACUGAGUUGUACUAUCUUCUGGCAGACUAUCAUUUCAAGAAUAAAGAGCAGUCUAAGGCCAUUAAAUUUUACAUGCACGACAUUUGUAUAUGUCCAAACAGGUUUGAUUCAUGGGCUGGCAUGGCUCUGGCUCGAGCAAGUCGCAUUCAGGACAAGCUGAACUCUAAUGAAUUGAAGAGUGAUGGUCCAAUCUGGAAGCACUCGACUCCCGUCUUGAAUUGCUUCAAGCGAGCCCUCGAGAUCGACAGCUCUAAUCUCUCUUUGUGGAUAGAGUACGGCACCAUUUCCUAUGCCCUGCAUUCUUUUGCAUCCCGACAACUUAAGCAGUGGAAAUCAGAACUACCCCCUGAAGUUGUGCAGCAGCAGAAUGAAAAAAGAAACAGUAUGUUGGAGACAGCCAAAUUGUGUUUUACGUCAGCAUCUCGCUGUGAGGGAGAUGGUGAUGAAGAGGAGUGGCUUAUUCAUUACAUGCUGGGGAAGAUUGCGGAGAAGCAGAAACAGCCUCCUGUUGUCUAUCUGCUUCAUUACAAACAGGCAGGUCAUUACCUGCAUGAGGAGGCUGCCCGUUAUCCAAAGAAGAUUCACUACCAUAAUCCACCAGAACUUGCCAUGGAAGCAUUGGAGGUAUAUUUUCGUCUUCAUGCUUCUAUUUUGAAACUUGUGGGGAAACCAGACUCUGGAGUAGAUGCAGAGAUACUAGUUAGUUUCAUGAAGGAAGCUUCUGAGGGACCAUUUGCCAGGGGUGAGGAGAAGAACACCCCAAAAGUUGCAGAAAAGGAAAAAGCUUGCAUGAUUGAUGAAGACUCUCACUCUUCAGCCGGAACAGUGCCGGGCCCUGGGACUUCCCUCCCCUCAUCCUCCGGUCCAGGUCUGACAUCCCCACCUUACACAGCCACUCCAGUUGACCACGAUUACGUCAAAUGUAAAAAACCCCGUCAGCAGGCAACGCCGGACGAGAGGAGUCAGGAUAGCACUGCCGCGGUGCUGUCUGACUCCAGUUCCACGCAGGAUAUGUUUAAUGAGCCUGCCAGUUCUCAAGACAGCCUGAGGAAGACUUACACAGAGAAGAGGAUUUCUACUACCUGUGCUGAUACACUGAUGCCCAGCAAAGAGACCCUGGGAUCUGCAGAGGAUAAGAUUGCAGGAAAGUCAGAAGAGCUGCUGGAAUGCUCAGAGUCUUACCAUCCUGCUGAGCCCACUGGCCAGAAAAUUCUGGUGGAUCCUCAGUCUGCUUCUGGCAAUCCCAUCAAAGCUGCAGUCCCCCCACCCACACAGUGGGACUGCAAGAAGAAAGCUGAACCUUGUGGAGAUGCAUCUGAAUUUCCUCAUGGUCUUCCAGCAGACCUGGAGGAGCAGCGGAAGUUCCUGACAGAGCAGUGUAUUGCCUCCUUCUGUUUGUGUCUCAGCCGCUUUCCCCAGCACUACAAGAGCCUCUACAGACUGGCGUAUCUGUACACUUACAGCAAGACCCACAAGAACCUGCAGUGGGCCCGCGACGUGCUGCUGGGCAGCGGGGUCCCCUGGCAGCAGCUGAAGCACAUGCCUGCGCAGGGCCUCUUCUGCGAGAGGAACAAGACGAAUUUCUUCAAC